CUUUUUUCUGCUCUUUUACAGAAAUGUCUAACAUUGAGCUAUCACAAGGGUCAGCUGACGAAAGACAAUGCAAACAACUAGCGUUUCACGUGGACUCAGAAAUUGUCGACUUGGAUAUAAUCGCGCCUACUUUUGCUUCAUUGACCUUUGAAAAUGACAGCACUUAUACAGUUCUUGAAAAUCAGUUCGCCCAAGCAGAUGGUGUUUUGCAUAAUCCUUUGUCGACAUCUGUUAGCUGUACGCGAGAGGAAAUUUGCGACGUCAUCGAAGAAGUAAUAUGCUCUUCGGAUGACGUUCAACUGUUUCCGCACCACUUCACUGAAUCUAAGGCGGUGUGUGAGAUUUGUGGUAAAACAUUAGAUUCCAUUCCGCCGGAAUAUUCCUCGAAUGGUCAGCAUAAGCCAUCAGGCGUGAUCUGCGAACCGUGCGCCAAAGAUGCGUUUGGGUCAUCCAUUUACUCAUCUGAUUACAAUACGAACAGUGAAAAAUGGGAGCUAAGUCAAGAAGAAGAGCACAGAUGUGAUAUUUGUGGCGAGGUCUUUCUUAAUCAACAGUCUCUGGUAAAUCAUAAAAAUAUUCAUCGUCUUCCUUCAAACAGCUCCAUACAUUGUAAAACAUGUCUUGUGCACUUCGCAACUGAAACGCACCUGAAAGAACACGAAAAAGUACACGAAUGUGAGAAGCCCUUCGCUUGUCGAAUCUGUAACGAGAGUUUCGCCACCACAUCUGAACUAACAGUUCACGCAGCCAAACAUGAACAGUAUCAGUGCAAGAUCUGCAACAUGAUGUUCCCAUCAAGUGCUCAAUGUACAGACCACGUGAAUAGAGUUCACAUGAUGGGUCUGUCUGUAGAUGACGUGUUCUUCUCAAACCCGAACUCGAAGCAGCAACGAGGGAAGAAAUGGUCGAAUCGCACGUGUAAUUUGUGCAAUCGAACCUUCACAACAGCAGCCAGUUUUCAAGUGCAUGUCAAGUUGCACGAAAAUGAGACUUCUUUCACAUGUCCAGUGUGUCUUCGCCAAUUCAAACUGGAAAACUAUCUGAAGCGCCACAUGCUGAUGCAUGCGAGAUCUAGGGAGUUCAACUGUCACUACUGUGGCAAGCAGUUCAGACUGAAGAGUAAUCUGGAUGAACAUGUGAGAAUUCACACUGGAGAGAGACCAUACAGGUGUGACUACUGCAACCUCACCUUCACUCAGAACAGCACACUCAGACGCCAUCUUGUCAUACAUACUGGUCAACGUGUCCACGAAUGUGGAGUGUGUGGGAAGGCGUUUGCCAGACCGAAUCAGCUGACAAUCCACGAGCGAAUACACAGUGGGGAGAAACCAUUCGAGUGCAAAGUGUGUCGUGUCACAUUCAACCAGAGCAGCCAGCUCAAUCGGCACACGAAGAAAUUACACCCAGCUCAACUAGAAAGUUACAAAGAACUCCAUGAAGACCCACUAUCGAAUGCUUUGUCCAUGCAGGAUGAGAUACCGAAGUGGGACAUCUACAUGCCUAGAAUAUCAUUAGGACUGGACUCACCCUCACCAUCGCCAAUGGGGACCGACAAAUUCCUAUGAUAGUGAAAACUGAGAGAAAAUUCAAUCUUUCCGCAAAACUGAAGUCAAUAGAGGCCAAAUAAAACAGUCAAUCAUAAUUAGAAUAUACUUUUAAAUGUUG